UCACAGUCGGACAAGUGAAUCCAACAACCAAAGUCCGUUCCUGUCGUCCUUUUUCCACGUCGCAUACUCAAAUGGUCAAUCCAGCCCGUGGAUCUGCUCUUCGCCAUUCACAGCGCAGUCAACAUGCCGGAGCUUUGCAUAGUUAUCCACCGAUAAUUUCUCCGCAGAGCUGCCCCGCGGUGGAUGAGGGACAGCUGUUCUCCUGUUUAUAUACAGCUCUACGCAGUCUUUCAACUUGAUUUCUCCUGCUCAUACACAAUUUAGUGAGCUAGCAACAUGGCCAAACCCGGAAAUGAAAUCCACCGCGCCUGGUGGAAAGAAUGCUCCGUCUACCAGAUCUGGCCCGCAUCCUACAGAGACUCCAACGAUGACGGCAUUGGAGAUAUCCCCGGUAUCAUCUCCAAGCUCGACUACAUCAAGAACCUGGGCGUGGACAUUGUCUGGCUGUGUCCGUCGUACAAGUCACCUCAGGUGGACAUGGGAUAUGACAUUGCCGACUACUACAGCAUUGCCGAUGAGUACGGUACGGUCGCCGAUGUUGAGAAAUUGAUCCAGGGGUGCCAUGAGAGGGGGAUGAAGCUUCUUAUGGACCUUGUGGUGAACCAUACGAGUGAUCAGAUUGAGUGGUUUAAGAAGUCUAGGAGCUCGAAGGAUAAUGAGUAUCGGAAUUGGUAUGUCUGGAAGGCUCCUAGGUUCGAUGAACAGGGCAACCGACACCCGCCCAACAAUUGGAUGUCGCAUUUCCAAGGCAGCGCCUGGCAAUACGACGAAUUGACGGGCGAAUACUACCUCCACCUAUACGCCACCGAGCAACCAGACCUCAACUGGGAACACCCACCCGUCCGCGAUGCCGUCCACGAUAUCAUGCGUUUCUGGCUUGACAAGGGAGCUGAUGGAUUCCGAAUGGACGUCAUCAACUUCGUCAGCAAGGACCAACGCUUCCCAGACGUUCCCGUCAAGGAUCCACGGACCCCUUGGCAAUGGGCAGACAAAUACUAUGCCAACGGACCACGAUUGCACGAAUACCUACAGGGAGUGGGUGAUAUCCUCAAGAAAUAUGAUGCAUUCAGCGUGGGCGAGAUGCCGUUUGUCAAGGACACAAACGAAGUGCUGAAGGCCGUGCGGUACGACCGCAACGAAAUCAACAUGAUCUUCAAUUUCGAACAUGUCGAUAUCGACCACGGAACGUACGAUAAGUUCGAGCCUGGAAGCUGGAAACUCACAGACCUAAAGGAAUUCUUCGAGCGCUGGCAAACUUUCAUGUACGACAACGGCGGCUGGAAUGCCCUAUACUGGGAGAACCACGACCAACCCCGUUCAAUCGACCGGUACACAAACGCCAAAGAAGAGCACCGCGUUAUCUCAUCCAAGAUGCUGGCCACAGCUCUGGCACUACACGGAGGCACGCCGUUCGUGUACCAGGGCCAAGAAAUCGGCAUGCGAAACAUCCCUCCGUCCUGGGGUAUGGAAGAGUACAAGGACAUCGACUGCCUGAAUCACUGGAACCCACUCGUCCGCAACCGCCCCUCCGACACAAAUGCACAAACCAUCGCCCGACAGGAAUACCAGAAGAAAUCCCGCGACAACGCCCGCACGCCCGUGCAAUGGACAUCCGCACCUAACGGCGGCUUCACCGGGCCCAACACCAAACCCUGGAUGUCCGUCAACCCGAACUACACCAGCGUCAACGCGGAAACCCAAAUCAACGACCCCAAUUCCACCUACACAUUCUGGGGUCGCGUGCUGGGCCUCCGCAAGAAGUACCUCGACAUCUUCGUGUACGGAAACUACACCCUUGUUGACCGGGAUAGUCAAGAGAUAUUCGCGUUCACGAGACAGUAUGACGACCAGAAGGCGAUUGUUGUGUGUAACUGGACGGAGACAGCGAGGGAGUGGGAUGCGAAGGCGAACGGGAUUGAGGAUGUGAAGGAGGUUAUUCUGGAUAAUUGGGAGGGGGUGCAGGAGACUGCUCAGCGACUUGAGGGAGGGAAGUGGUCGUUGAAGCCGUAUGAGGCCGUUGUUGCUCUUCUGUAGCUGUGCUGCCUCUAUACAUAGUUUAGUAUGGGAGCGUCAUAUCAGCCCCACCUGAUAAGCAUAUCAAUUCACCCCUCAACAGUUGCAAUUAACAUCCUCUUUCCCUUUCUCUCUUCCUUUAC